AUGGGAUUCACUUUGCCGCCACCUCCGUUGAACCAGACCGGGACGGUUUCCCGGACCAACACGAUCACCGUCGGACCAAAUAACGAAGCAAACGAAGAAGCGCAACUCCAGGACUUUCUAGCCGCUGAGUUACCAUUGUUUGAAGUAAUCACGGGACGAACCGACCGAGCCGAACAUCGCAUCCGGCUAAAGCCUGGGCCGCCCAUCAAACAGCGGUACCGACCUCGAAACCCGGCCAUGCAGGCCGUCAUCAAUGAGGAGGUCGACCGAAUGCUCGCCGAAGGCGUCAUCGAGCCCUCGAAUAGCGCUUGGAGCUCACCGGUCGUCAUAGUUCGAAAGAAAGAUGGGCAGUAUAGAUUCUGCAUCGAUUUCCGCAGACUGAAUGCAAUGUCAGAUAAAGACGCCUAUCCCUUGCCGCACAUCACGGCUACGCUCGACAAGUUACGCGGGGCGAAAUACCUGACGACGUUAGACCUAAAGAGUGGUUACUGGCAGAUACCACUGAACCAAGGGAGUCGACCUGCAACCGCCUUCACCGUACCAGGGAAGGGUUUAUACCAAUUCACGGUCAUGCCUUUCGGGUUGCACUCAGCCCCAGCGACCUUCCAGCGGUUGCUGGACGCAGUGAUCGGCCCCGACCUCGAACCUAACGUCCUCGUCUACUUGGACGAUAUAAUAAUCGCCAGCAAGACGUUCAGCGAACACCUGCAGCACUUGAGAGAGGUAUUCCGGCGACUACGUAAAGCAGAGCUACGCUUAAACCCGGAUAAAUGCCACUUCUGCCGUCCGAGCCUCCGCUACCUAGGACAUGUAAUUGAUCGACAAGGAAUACACACGGACCCAGAUAAAGUCAGCGCCAUCACCAGUUGGCCCGCUCCCACCACCGUGCGCAAGGUCCGGCAAUUUUUAGGAAUGGCCUCGUGGUAUCGGAGGUUCAUCCCGAAUUUUUCGACACUAGCGGCGCCGCUUACAGCGUUGACCAAAAAACGAGCUGGCUGGACAUGGGGGACCCCCGAAGACGCAGCCUUCCAACAACUAAAGGACGCAUUAACCUCCACACCGGUUCUGGCCUGCCCGGACUUCCAGAAACCGUUCCUGCUACAAACCGAUGCCAGUUCACAUGGGCUAGGAGCCGUGCUAACGCAGCACCAGGCGGAGGGAGAGCGAGUAAUCGCAUACGCCAGCCGAACGCUCAACGGUGCCGAACGGAACUACAGUGCGACCGAGUUGGAAUGUCUCGCCGUGGUAUGGGGAAUCCGGCGAAUGCGAGACUACUUGGAGGGGUAUCGAUUCACCGUCGUAACAGACCACCAGUCCCUCAAGUGGCUGCAACGUCUGGAAAACCCAUCCGGACGCCUGGGGCGGUGGCUCUUCGAACUGCAACAGUUCGACUUCACCAUACACUAUAGAAGAGGAGGACAAAAUCAAGUAGCCGAUGCCCUCUCCCGGGAGCCGCAGCUCAACGCAAUGCAACACCGGAUAGCAUGUCCAUGGUACCAACGCCUCCUCAGAGAAGUAAAGAGUCGACCAGACGAGUACCCCGAUUACGAGAUACGUGACGGCCAACUGUUUCGACAUGUGCUACACGACCUGGAUUUUAGCGAGGUACCCUCCACCGAGCAAUGGAAACAAUGCGUCCCUCGGGAGCAGCGGCUCGACAUCCUGCGCCGGCUACACGACGACCCAACCGCAGGGCAUCUAGGAGUGGCUAAGACCAUCGCCCGACUCGCCCGGUUGUACCACUGGCCGGGGAUGUUCCGGGAGACAGCCCGGUACGUUCGGAGCUGUCCGAACUGCUUAGCCCACAAAGUGCCGCAACAACGACCAGCCGGGAAUCUACACGCUACGCCAGUAACCGCCCCGUGGCAGCAAGUCUCAGUGGACCUAGUCGGUCCUCUGCCACGCUCGGUCCGUGGACAUGUCUGGCUCCUGACCGCCCAGGACCGGUUCAGCAAAUGGGUCGAGAUGGUUCCCCUGCGACGCGCCACCGCCACGGCACUGGCGAAAGAAGUGACCCGCCGCAUCAUCUACCGGCGUGAAUGCCCGGGCCAACUCAUCUCGGACAACGGGACUCAGUUCACCUCCCGCCAGUUCCGUACCUUGCUGGCAUCGUUCGGGAUCCAGCACCGCACGUCACCUGUCUACGCGCCGCAUUGCAACCCGGUGGAGAGGGCGAAUCGGACCAUCAAGACCAUGAUUAGUCAAUACGUGGGCGACCGGCACCGGGAUUGGGACGAGCACAUUGACGCGUUGCAGUUCGCAGUGAACACCGCUCGACACGAGGCCACCGGAUACACCCCAGCCUUUCUGCUCCACGGCCGCGAACUGGCACCUCCCCAUCCUGCCGAGCGACAACCAACGCCGAACUCGACUUCCCCGGAGUCGCAUCGACAACGCCUGGAAGAGGCCUAUGAGGUUGCCAGGGUGCACCUAGCCCGAGCCUUUCAAAAACAGGAGCGCCAUUAUAACAUGAGGCGACGCGACUGGCGCCCCGGGGUGGGCGACAAAGUCUGGAAGCGAGAACGCCCCCUGUCCAGCCGCGACGACGCGUUCAACGCCAAACUGGCCCCUCGAUUUUCAGGGCCCAUGGAAAUACGCAGGGUAAUAUCCCCAGUCAUCGUGGAUCUACGCGACGAACACGGGAAAUGGCAUCGGCAUAUCCACGUGCAGGAUCUGAAACCGCAACCGAACAUACCAGAAAGCCCUCGGGUGGACGAGGAUGACAGCCACGGACUACCUACUGCCCGACCUGCGGUCGCCGGACCAUCUACUACCCGACCUGCGGAUGGCGGACCGCAUAUUGCCCGACCUACGACCGCCGGUCCAGUUACUGCCCGACCUACGACCGCCAGUCCAGCUACUGCCCGACCUACGACCGCCGGUCCAGCUACUGCCCGACCUAUGACCGCCGGUCCAGCUACUGCCCGACCUACGACCGCCGGUCCAGCUACUGCCCGGCCUACGAACACCGGAUCACAUACUGCCCGGCCUACGACCGCCGGCGCAGCGACUACCCAACCUGCGACCGGACUCCGCUACUUCCCCUGGAACCACGAAACACCCCGAGCCAUCGGAAAUUCCGCGAACAAAUUCCCUCCAGGAGCAGCGCAGCGGGCAUUCGAUCUCUUUGGAGAAAUCAGCUCCAGCUCCGAAUCCGACACCAACGGGCCCACCACGACGCCGCCAACGCCUGCCAAGCCGCCUCCAGCGACCCCGAGCCCGGGACGAUCCCGACGACCGCCGCGGCCCGGGACGUCCAUCCAGCGCUCCGACCAGCCGAACCGUCGGAAGGCGAUCAUCCUGGCGACGCCGCCGGAGAUUAAGCCGCGCCGCCGCGGAAGGAUCGCCGCCCUGGCCAGACCUCGACCUGCCGACAGCCGUCCACCGGCCGCCAAGCCCAAGGCCUCGACAUCCAGGCCAUCGACCGCCGGACCGCCCUCCUCCACCGGAGCCCCGAUGACCCGGCCGAUGAACACCGGACUAUAUACCCAGCCUGCGAACAUCGGUCCGCCGACUACCCGGCCCACGACCGCCGGCCCAGCGACGGCCCGACCUACGACCGUCAGACCAACUAUCACCCGGCCUGCGAACAUUGGCUCGCCAACUACCCGGCCCACGACCGCCGGCCCAGUGAUUAUCCGACCUGCGACCGUCGGAUCGCAUACCGCCCGGCCUGCGACCGUCGGACCACCCACGGCCGCCGGAUCACCUGCCACCCGACCGGCAACAACCCGACCUCCGACCGCCAGGCCACCAAUCGCUGGGUCCAUCCCAGUACGUCUGGACGACGGCACUGUCGUCAAGGUCCCCGCCGGAUCAGCCAUCAUCGGGCGAAGAUAUAAAGUCCGUACCGCGUCAGGCCGAUGGCUCGCGAUAUCCAUUCUUGUGUGUACUGGCAUUACGCUCGCAAUUAAAAGGUGCGAUCCCGAACAGAGUGCACAAAGCGCGGAGCAUCAUUUAUUUUACGACGUAUCCGAAACGCAGGCAUAUAAAAACAAUAAAUACUCGCUUAAACUGACACAAGCCGCAUACGCGAAUCAAGAUACCGUUUGGUGUUUAGAUAGUGGUUGUUCGUCCCAUUUAAGUAAAAAUAUAGACGACUUCAAUGAUACUUGUAGCGUCAAAUCGGGAAAAUUACAUUUAGCGAAUAACGCAUCGACGGAUAUAAAGACUCGCGGAAAUGUGCAUAUUCAAGUAAGUCUCGGACUAAAGACUGAAAGAGUCGAAUUAACCGACGCGUUACACGUUCCCGAUUUACGUACCAAUCUCAUGUCGGUCGGUAAGAUUACCGACAAAGGUUAUCACGUGAUUUUCAAGAAAGACUCGGCGGAAAUUAUUGAUGAUUACGGUGAGACUAUACUAAUCGCGAAUCGGGUUGACGGAUUGUACUACAUUAAGGCGGAAAGAACGAACGCACGUAUCGCGAGCUUAUACACAAAGAAGCAGGAAUCUUCAAAUUUAUAG